AUGAAGGAUGCUGCUAGUUGUCGCGUGGCGAAAGAGCGGUAUUUUUUGGAGUACAUCCUCGCUACUUUGCCUGUUAUCGCGCUGAAUUUAGGAUCAUGUCCCAUUAUCAUCUUGAUGAAUGCGUUAGUUAUCGUCGCCAUAAAAGCAAGACGCCGAUUACAUUCCAUCUACAACAUACUACUGGCCUGUUUAGCGGGAGCAGAUAUGGCAGUCGGCUUAGUUUCACAACCAUUAUUCAUUGCUCAAGAAAUCUUCUUUCUCUCAGGUGCAUCGGUGGAGGAUUACUGCCACUUUUACAGGAAGACCGUAUUCCUUUGUCUUUUCCCAAGUAUUGAAUCGUUGCUGAUCUUAGCUUUACUAAGUAUGGAGCGCUAUAUAGCUAUGAAGUUCUCACUUAGAUAUGCUAGCCUCAUGACCACACCUAGGUUAACUGGCGCUGUACUCUGUAGUUGGAUUAUCUCAGUUUUUUCUGUAAUUUUAAGCUUAAUACCGGCAACACGUUUACUUGCCAAAGUGUUCGUUUAUGUAACUGUUAUCCCAGCCAUUUUAAUCAUUGCAUCCUGUCAUACGACAGUUUAUCUUGUUUCACGCCGGCAUAUAAAUCGGAUCAAAACAGAGCAGCUUCCAAGCGAAGCGAAGACUAAAUUCUUACAAGAAAGGAAAGCCUUGAAAACUACAAGUAUAAUUAUCGCGUUCGUAUUUCUUUCGUAUGUGCCAUCACUUUUGUACGGUAUAUUAAAACGCGAUAUAUGGCAGACAAAUCUCUUGCCUUUAGUUUUGUCAUGUAUUUUCCUAAACUCGCUCCUUAAUCCUCUUAUUCACUAUUGGAGAAACAAAGAUCUACGUCAAAGUACUAUGGAACUGCUAAAAAUGAGACCAAAUGGAAACUAACUUUAAAGACGUCAUUAUAUGUUCAAGAGGAUUUUCAAAUCCAUUACUUACCUUUUUGAAGGUUCAACGUACCUUUCUAUUUAUACAUUUAUGAGAUGCUUUUUAUGUUCAUUUGUAAAUUCACAAUAACAUAUGUUAAUAAUAUAACUUCGAGUCAACACAUGAGACUAUCAAUUUGAUUGUAAUCGGUAUGGCGAAAUGACAAAGGCAAAAGCGCUAAAACGGCUGCUCACAGACUAGAAUAAGAGUGUAUCGUUCAUCCUUAUUUGAUAAAGCUGAUUUUCCUCAGAUUUUAUAAAAUUGCGAGUUCAUAAUGGAGGGUCAAAAAGACUUCUGGAUGGGUUAAUUGCUCAGUCAUUAUUUUAUAAAACACCGAGUUAGGUUUUUCCUCAGGCUAAGGGAAGAAAUAUCUUUGCCGUAACUUUAUCAGAUGAAGAGAAAUUUUUACUGUAUUUUGUGUGCUUUAAUAUUGCUUUUUCUAUUGCACCAUGUAUUGCGAUAUUGCCACAGAUCAUCUGCGUCAUACCUACUAAUUCUUUAUCCUCUCUUGGUCAUACCACAUUCAGAAUCAAUCAUCCUGUUGAUUGGAGUAAUUAAAAUACAACUCGCAAACACUGAAGAGUUUCUAAGUGUUUAAACUGUUCAUGUUUAUCUGUGAAUGGCCCAGUCAGAGAUCCAGAGAGGAUUAUGUACUUUCCUGAUAUUUGUUAAGAAUGGGAGAUUCGUAAGGCCUUUUUGCCGACGAUCAGUUAAAUUGACCAGAAGUAUUUUAAAGCUGUCAUUUUUAAUUAACAGGUGGCAACAUAAUCCGUAGAGUCAGCAGGGACUAUGGUUCGUUUCAAGAGUCACAAGGACGGAUGGAUGAAUUAUGGUGACCAAUUAUAAAGCCUCAGAAACCCCUUUUUAAGUUUUCCUGCAUUAUUCGUUUUUCGCUUUUGAUAUGUUAAGAACCCUGAAAGACUUAGCAAAAGAAUAUUGGUGUCCAUAACUUUCUUUUGAGAGGCGAUUUUUCACCGAGGCUUGGUCUGAACUAAUAAAGGCUUUUGAAUUUAAGAGUACUAUGUUUGGAUCACUCGUUAAAUACCGCCUUCCGCUUUUAUGGGCACAGUGUGUAGUUGAAGAAACUAGCGUCCUUUUCCGUUUAUCUCUUGUAAUUACUUUUCAACUUUCCUAGUUUAUUUAAAGACUGUUGUCCAUUGAAAUUCUAGAUUUGCAAAAAAACUAAAAUCACAAGUAAUAAAGGAUUUUACCCUGAUCAGAUUUGAAAGUUUAGGCCGUUAAAAACACUCUUUGAGUAUGAUUUGUCGAUCUAUCCAUAGCUAGAUCAGCGUUAAGAGCCGAAUCACUCUGCUUGGCCGCUGUCGACUUACAAGUUGAAAAAUAUUAACUGCUUCAAAGACGGUAAGAUUUUCUCAAGAAAAAGGAAAUGAACGUCGGUAAUUCUGCCUUUAAUGUAUCAAUUAUUUGCCGCAUGCCGGAGAGAAGAAGAGUAUAUUUUGCUGAACAUUCUCGCUAGUUUCUUUUCCAUCACGCUGAACAUAGGAUAAUACCCUAUCAUCAUCUUGAUGAACAUGUUGGUGACCAUCGCGAUUAAAACACGACGCAGAUUACGGUGCGAACACAACAGCACUACUGGCUUGUUUAGCGGGAACAGAUUCUUUUGGCGAUGGAUGUAGUUUCACAGCCAUUAUUUAUCGCAAGAGAAAUCUACUUUCUGUCGGGUGCAUCGCAGUUGGAUGAAUCAACUUCUUCAAACUGACAAGUUUGGUUUACCUCGUUCCGUGUCUUGAAUCUUUGCUGAUCUUAGCUAUACUGAGUACUGAGCGUUAUACACGCAUGAAGUAUUCACUAACAUAUACUAGCAUCGUGACGAUACCUAGGUUUACUUGGACUGUGGUUUUUAGUUGGCCUAUAUCAGGCCUUUAACUCCUGGUUGAUACCACGGACGCAUUCCGUGUCUUGAGGACGCUUUGCAGAUGUAGUGUACGCAACUGUUUUCUCAGCCAUUUUAGUUAUUGAUUUUUGUCAUACAACAGUUUAUUUUGUUUCACGUUGACAUAUGAAUUAGAUCAAAACUCAACAUCUUUCCAGCGAAGCGAAGGCAAAAUUCCUAGAGGAAAGAAAAUCCUUAAAAACUACCAGUGUAAUUCUCACUUCUCCGUUUCUUUCAUAUUGUAUACCAGGAAUUUAAGUCGGGUUGGUUAGAUUAAUCGGCAUCCUGCCAACGAAUGAUUCUGAAAAUCAGAUACAAUUAUUGCCUAUUACAUUUUUAUGUGUUUUUUGAACUCCCCCUUUAUUCCUCUCAUAUACUGCGAGAGAAACAGAGAUCUACGUAAAGUUAUGCUGGAACUGAUCAAGAUAAGACAAAACUGAAACUAAUUCAAAAGACGUCUUUGCAUUACUGCGUAGUUCAUGUACAUGUAGUUUAUGAAGAGUUUAUGGGAGUAUGUAACUUCACUAUACUGAAAGCUACCGAAUUACUUCUGUCGCCAUCAAUACGUUUCUUUUAAACUUUGUAUACACCAGUUUUAUUACCAUUAGAUCAUCAAACAUCAAGAAGAUAUACUGAUAAACAGGAAGUUAUAUGUUUGUUAUUUGGUCCGUCUUGGCCCUAGAUGGUAUGAAUUUUAUGCGAUCAGUACAAAGAUUUCAUAAACAAAGAGAAUCGACGAAAGCAAAGAAAAGACAAGGUCUAAUUAAUUGCGAGCCUUGUUAUUACUCACGACACUGUUAAAAAUGUCGCGCAAACAGCUUGAGAUAAAAACCACAAAUAAAAGUAGAUUUGAGCAGAAUAGUUCGGAGAGGCCAUUCACGACUGUGCUUUGGUAGGAAUUUUCACCACGAAGUUUCACCUCGAAGAUAAGUUAGGAAAUACUGUAGGCAGUUGUUCUAUUUCACCCAUUAACAUAUGAGCUCAUAUAUUUGACUUAUUUCUACGCUAUCGUUUAUAUCAACUCUGCCUGGUGUUGGGUGCCUGUCUAUCCUCCACAUCGCCAGCUGCAGGGAAUUCGCUGGAUGAUUCAUGGGAGAACACGACCCUUCUCGCUCGUUAUGAGUGUUUCGUGGAUAACUGCCUCCCUUUUGGCCUUUCGUGUGCUCCAGCCAUUUUUAAUCAUCUCUCCAAUGUUAUAAUUGUUCGUUAUGAUUUUAUGGUAUUCAGACGGUCAACACUCAGGCUCACAGUUAGUUGUGAAUAUUAAAAUUACAAGUAUGUAUAAAGUUUAUUAUUGUGAGAGGUUUGUACCCAAAGGACAUCCCACCUACUUAUGAAAGUACAUUAUGAUAAAAAUAUGAAGGGGGAGUCUUAGAUACUAGUAUGUUCACGAAUGGAAUGUUUGGAGGUACUAGACAGCAGUCUCUGAGGAACAGUGAGAAACAGUGUGCAGCUUUUUAUUUUGCUUAUUUAACCCAUUUCUCAUAUAUUUCUUUUGUUUCUCGUUUCUGUUGCGGUCAUCGUGGUUGCUCGUGCUCUCUUGUAGCGUCACCUCUCAAAGCAGUUCUUGAUAUAAGACUAUUUCGCUGAAAACCGACGGUUUGGUGGAAAACGCGCGACAAAACCGACGUCCCUGAGGUACCCAUAGAGAGGCUCAAUUUUUUUAAUGAACGGUCGCUGACUUGUUUUAUUAAGACACUUACAGUUAAGACCAUUUUUGGCCUGCUAUAGAAGUGUUUCCACUGAAUUAAAAAGAAAGAAGUUCCAGUUCCUUAAGCAUACCAGUCUAUCUCCUUUGCCCUGAAUUCGUUGCCACGCCGACCCAGCAAAAUUCCGAAAAGCGCAUAUUUCAAUAAACUGUCUCUAUUAAAUUCAACUUCCUAGGACUGUAUUACAAUGUAUUUUCAGCUUUUUUUGCCUUACGGUAAAUAAUAAGUCCAGAUAAUAUGUUUCAUCUAACAUGAUUAUACACUUGGUGUGGUGAAAGUGACCUCUAAUAAUGGAAACGAAUGUACACGCUAAGUCCUUUUACGAAAGGGAAAUAGGCGUCGCCAAGAGGGUCAGGUAGUACAAAGAUAAUUAUGUAGUCAAGAUCCUCUCUUUGCGCCCUCCCUACCGCCAGAUCUGUUUGUUGUCACUGAAAUGACCGCCAUUUUUGCGAGUAUUUUCAAAAGGUUGAACUGAAUACAAGAAAAAGACUGAAAUUGAGUAGCGUGAAAAUCUUCCUUGAAAGUGUCAAAAAGGGUGGGCAUGUUUUAAAACAAGACUGGCUAUGAAAUCAGGUAUAUAAAUUGUUUAUUCGCGACAGAUUUGACUUUUUCCACAUCAUUCCGCUUUCUUCUCCUUAUUUCCUUUUUCGUUCUGUAAUUGUUUUUCAGUCUUACUUAAUUUUUGCCUGCGUGCAGACGUCUCCUAUUUCCUUUUUUGCACGCGGACGUUUCCGCGUGCAACAAAGGAAAUAGGAGACGUAUGCACGCAGGCAAACUUAAUUUCCAGUCACUUUUGUCCGUAAUCUGACGUUUAUUUUCUCGCCGGCAUUUAUUAUACUUUUCGUUGUACCUCACUAAGUUGAGUUUUUAUAGACUCUGAAUCUCAUAUAAAUUCAGAACUAAUUGUCUCUAAAAGAUUGAAGUAAAAGUAAUUCUCAAUAUUCACCGAAAAAUACCUGCUUUAAGUGCUAAAAAAUUAUUUCUCUCCUAAACUGCGCAGUAUCUAAUACCCACAGGUGAAGAAAACUUAUUGCUUAACUGAUAUUUUAGUGUAUUUAGUGAAAGCUAAUGAUCGGCCUUUUGUAUCGAUCUUGCGAUCUUGUAUCCCCAAUGACGUUCACGUAACUAAGAAGAUUGAAUACUAUCUACCGUUAGGCGGAAAAGUUUUCUUAAGCAACAACGUAUAACAACAGUCACAACAGUGUACGGUUUAUGGUUCGUUUGAUUAUGGAGCAAUGAUGAUACUAUACUCUACACUGACUCCAAAUUUUGCUUAUUACGAUUUUAACUGUAACAUUCCGUACAAUAUUUGGGUUACGUCGUUUUAAGUGGAGAUCAUUGUAUCACACAGGAUAUUUCCAAAAAUAAUUGAAAUCACGGAAACCUGGAAAUCCCUGUGCGAUAAAAAGAGAGACGUUUUAGAUCACACAGGAUAUUUCCAAAAAAAUUAUUAAAAUCACGGAAAUCUGGGAAUCCCUGUGCAAUAAAGAGAAAUGUUUUAGGUCACACAUAUUAACAUAUUUUGUCAGUUAAGUUUGUUCAUCUGAUACUUUUCCUGUUAUCGCUAAUCAUUAAUACUCUCCCUUUCAUCAAUAAAAUGAGUUAAUAUAGUGAUAGUAAUAGCAGUUGUUAGAAAGCAUUUUUACCUUUAUGGAUUUUAGUUGGACCGUAACUGAAAGACUAUUGUUGUUGAAAGAAUAUUGUUGUCCGGAGCUUUCUUUUGAGAGGCGAUUUAUCAAUACAGGCUUUUAAAUUUAAAAGCAUGUCAGUUUUAAUUACUUAUCAUAUUCUGCUCUCCACUCUUAAUGAUUGAAGUAGGCGUCCUUUCAUUUUCCGUUAAUAAUUUGCAAUUCGCAUUCAGAUAUAUUUAUUAAAAGGAAGUCAUUGUAAUCCUAGAUUUGCGAGAAGGAAACAAAAAAUUAUGAAUGAUUUACUUUUUAACCCAAACAGCUUUAAAAGCUAAUGCAGUUGAUAACACCCCUUGGGCAUGAUAUAUCGAUCUAUCCAAAGCUAGAUUAGCGUUAAGAGUAAGUUCAUUCUGCUUGGCAGCUGUAGGUUUACAAAUUGAAAAAUAUAAAAUAUUAACCUCCUCAAAGACGGUGAGAUUCUCUCAAGCAACUUGGAGAUGAACGUCAGUAGUGACUCCGCACUUAAUGAAUCAAUUAUUUGCCGCAGGAGAGACGAAGAGUAUAUUUUGGUGAACACUGUGACUAGUUUGUUUUCCAUCGCGUUGAACUUAGGAUCAUGCCCUUUUAUCAUCUUGAUGAACGUGUUGGUGAUCGUCGCGAUAAAAACACGACGCAGAUUACAGUCCGAGUACAACAUACUACUGGCUUGCUUAGCGGUAACAGAUCUGGCAGUGGGUGUAGUUUCACAGCCAUUAUUCAUCGCACAGGAAAUCUACUUUCUGUCGGGUCCAUCGCAGGUGGAUUAUUGUUUCUUCUACAAAAAGAUAGUUUUUAUUUAUCUCGUUCCAUGUAUUGAAUCGUUGCUGAUCUUAGCUAUACUAAGUACUGAUCGUUAUGUAGCCAUGAAGUUUUCACUUCGAUAUGCUAGCAUCGUAACCACACCUAGGUUAAUUGGCGCUGUAGUUUGUAGUUGGCUGAUUUCAGCCAUUUCUUUAAUUUCCUACAAUAUUUCCUGGUUAACGCCACUGACUCGUUCCACGCUUUCAGGACUUCUUGUGUAUGUAACUGUUAUUCCAGCCAUUUUGGUUAUUGUAUUUUGUCAUACAACGGUAUAUUUUGUUUCACGCCGACAUAUGAAUCAGAUCAAAACUCAACAUCUUUCCAGCGAAACGAAGGCAAAAUUCCGAGAGGAAAGAAAAGCUUUUAAAACUACCAGCGUAAUUCUCGCUUUUCUGUUUCUUUCAUAUGUACCAGGAAUUUUGGACGGCUUGUUAAGAUUAAUCGAUAUCCUCCCCAGGAAUUACCCUGAAAGUCAGCUACAACUGUUACCUAUAGCGUUUUCGUUUGUUUUUUGGAACUCCCUCUUUAAUCCUGUUAUAUACUGCGGAAGGAACAGGGACCUACGUAAAGUUAUGCUGGAACUGAUCAAGAUAAGACCAAAUGGAAACUAA